AUGUCGCUACAUCGAUCAACAGAUCCCUUAGUAUGGAUCGAUUGUGAGCUCACUGCGAACCAGAUGACAGGACUGGACGCCGAGACGGACCAGAUACUCCAAAUCUGCUGCUUCAUCACGGACGCCCAGCUCAACGUCCUGGAGCCUCAAGGCUUCGAGACGGUGAUUCACCACCCGGACUCCACCCUCGAUGCCAUGAAUCCCUGGUGCAUCGACACCCACGGCCGCACGGGCCUCACCGACGCUGUGCGCGCGUCGACCACAACGCCCACUGCAGCCGCCGACUCGCUCCUUGCGUACAUUCAACGCCACGUCCCUGCACCUCGUUCUGCCCUGCUGGCCGGCAAUAGUGUCCAUGCCGACAAGGCCUUUCUAGUUCGCGGUCCUUAUGCAAAGGUCAUCGAGCAUUUGCAUUACCGGAUCCUAGAUGUGAGCACCAUCAAGGAAGCAGUGCGUCGCUGGGGAAGCGAAGAGUUGCUCGCCCAUGCCCCACCGAAACGAGGGGUGCAUCUGGCCCGCGACGACAUUCUGGACAGUAUUGCCGAAAUGCGCUUUUACCGGGAGAAGCUGUUUGGCUAG